AUCAGUGCUGCCUCUAUCACCGCCCUGAUAUCUCCCGGACUCAGUUCCUUCCGAACGGCGACCGCUGGAUGAGGAAUGAGCCCAAUGGACUUAAGUGACAACAAAUAAUCAUUCUUAAGAUGCUCUUUGGCAGCGCAUUACCUCAGGUUUUGGCGACCAACGCCAAAAACCUCCUGCUCCUCGCUUAUGGAAUGACGAUUGGCUUUCCGACCAUACUCAUCCCUCAAGUGGCAGACUACAGGAACUCUACAUUACACGGUGGAGAAGAAGAUCUGCGACUCUCCCUCGAAGAAAUUUCAUGGAUUAGUAGCAUCAACCUGCUGACGGUGCCUCUGGGCUGCCUCCUCAGCGGCAGGCUCACCCAGCCCUUCGGCCGCAAGAAGAGCAUGAUCUGCCUCAACGUGCCGCUGGGCAUCGCCUGGGUCGUCUACUACUUCUCCGACAGCGCGGGGAUGCUCUACCUAGCCCUGUCCAUCACGGGCCUCGCUGGGGGUCUCCUCGAAGCACCGGUGCUGACCUACGUGGCAGAGAUAACGGAGCCACAGUUCCGCGGCUUUCUGUCGGCCACUGCGUCGAUGGGUGUCAUCCUGGGCGUCUUCAUCCAGUUCCUCCUGGGCAGCGUCUAUCCCUGGAGGACGGUGGCCCUCAUCAACAUAGCCAUCCCGAUCCUCGCCAUAAUAGCCAUAGCACAGGUUCCAGAGAGCCCUCACUGGCUCUUAGGUCAAGGCCGUGUAGAAGACGCAAAAAAAUCAUUGUGCUGGCUGCGCGGAUGGGUGGACGAAAAGGACGUGGCCAUGGAAUUAGGCCACCUUCAGGAGGUACUCACCAACAAGGAGCAGCCCAAGAAAUCCUGGGCCCCUUACCUCAAGAGAUCCUUCUUUCAUCCUUAUUUUCUUGUCUGCUAUGUCUUCUUCAUCGGCCACUUUGGAGGCAUGACAACGCUUCAGACAUUUGCUGUAGGGAUGUUCAAAGAAGUUGGAUCCCCACUUGACGAAUACAAAGCGACUGUAAUACUUGGAUUGGUGCAACUGGUAGGGGCGCUUGUCUGCGUUUGUUUAGUAAAAUUCACAGGGAGGCGAAAACUAGCAGUGUCCACUUCGAUGGUGGCUGGUAUCGUGUUCAUUCUGGUAGGAGCCGGCAACUUCUACGAGUUCGGACGAGGCCACUUCUCCCUCUACGGCCUCCUCCUAACUGCUUUCUUCACGCACUCCGCCAUUCGGCUGCUGCCUUGGAUGCUCAUCGGCGAGGUCUACCCAGCUGAAGUCCGAGGAACUGCUAGUGGAUUGUCAGGAGGCACUGGCUAUCUUAUGGGAUUUGCGGCGAACAAAUCUUACAUAUAUCUGCAUUCAUGGCUAGGUCUUCCAGGAACACUAACACUAUAUGGAUGCAUCAGUUGCUUAGGAGCUCUAGGAACCAUCGCAUUUCUUCCAGAAACUGAAGGAAAAUCGUUAGCAGAAGUAGGAAAAAUUUUCGAAGGAAAAGAAAAUCCAGCAUUUAAAGACGAAUCGAAGUUAUAGUGCUAAGAGACUUUGCUGUAUAUAAGAUACUGUUUGUAACAAAAUAUUUCAUUAAUUGUAUAUGGAAAUAGUUACUAUUUAGUAAUUUAAUUAUUACUCUGUGUAUUUAUUAUUUUAUUGAAACGAUAUUUUCUUAAAUAUGAAGGCCACCAUUUUAUUAUCAUAACUGUGCCUGUAUCAAGCAUUAAAUAUUUUACAUCAACAUACAAUCUAUAAUAAUGUAAUAUUAUAAAACUAAGUAUUUUGUUGAUAUAAACUAAAGAUAACUAUACUCCAAAACUAUGUGUAAAUUGAGAUAAAAUUUUUCACGAAAUCCAACGAUGUUAUUUGAUAAUAAUUUAUUUAUAAUUAUUAAUUUAUAUAAUAAAAAUUAAAAAUAA